AUGGCAUGGGCGCGGCGGCUUCCGGCGGCCCUGGCAGCGACGCAGGUGGCCCUCACGUGCGACAGGCGUGGUCAUUUCCCUGCUCAGCUUUCAGCAGAGGAGGCCAAGGUUAAGGCUCAUGUGCUGAUGGGCGGAAGCGGCGGAGGCCGCUUGGCCGGCUGGAGCCGCGCGACCGCGACUGACCAGCGGGAGCUGCUGGCGCGCCUGCGGCCAGAGGUGCAGUGCACCUUUGGACCGGUGGCGCCGCGAGGAACGCAGAUUCUGGUGACCGCCUUCCCCAGCGAGGAGGAUUUACAUGGCUGUGGCCCUGAAUUGAAGGCGUUGGUGGUGCCCUUUGCUGGCUUGCCGGUGGCGACUCAAAAGAUCCUAAAGGAUGGCGGCUGGGAAGGCGGCCUGCAAGUGCACAAUGUGCAUCACAACUCAUCGACGACUGCAGAGAUGGCCAUCGCCCUGGGCAUGGCGGCGGCCAAGCAGCUGCUGCCUGCGGAUCGCCUCUUGCGGAAGGGUGAUUGGAGCGCACGUGGGCUCCCUGCUGAUGGAGAUCCAGACCCCAUGAUGCAGAUGAGCCUGGAUGGGCAAACGGCCUUGGUGCUGGGCUAUGGAGAGGUUGGCUGCAGGGUUGCCCGGGUGCUGGCGGCCAUGAACAUGCGGGUGAUCGCCACAAGGAAGACGGCGGCCUUGGACGACACGCUGCCUGAGCCAGGUGCUGUUGCUGUGCGGCCACCUUCUCAGCUCCACAAGCUGCUUCCGCAUGCUCAGAUGUUGUUUAUUUGCUUGCCGGACACGCCGGAGACGGCGGGCCUCAUCGGCGACAAGGAGCUUUCGCUGCUGCCGCCAGGGGCUGUCAUCGUCAAUGUGGGCCGCGGCCACGUCAUCGACGAAGAGGCCUUUUACAAGGCCCUGCAGACGGGCCAUCUCCUAGGUGCUGGCGUGGACUGCUGGUACAAGUACCCGUCUGAUGUAAAGAGCCGGGCCAGUACUCCAGUGUCUGCACACUUCGACUUUGCAGGUUGCGACAAUCUGGUCAUGUCUCCCCAUCGAGCGGGAUCAGUUGGCCUGGCCAGCACGGAGCAGCAGCGUAUGGCCGCGCUGGCGGAGCUCUUCAACACCGCGGCGCUCCAUGGCUUGGCGGCGCCUUUAAUUCUGGCGUAUCUGCUGGUGGCGGAGGCCAAGAUCCCGAUGGGUGAUGAGGAUGCCUACCAGUACUCUGGCAUUGCCAUGUCGCUGGUGGACGAGCUUGGCGAGUUGGUGAAGCCAAUCCUUGCUGAGACAUCAGUGUGGCCAUACCGCGAGGCCAUUGCCCGGCUGCAAGCAACCGAGAGCGCGGCUUUGGAGGCGCAAAGAACCUUCCCCGCGCUUCUGGGUGGCUCACGGGGCGCGAUUAGCCUGGAAUUCGUCAUCGUGCACUGCAGAGAGCCUUUGCAGUGGGUGGAGGAGGAUCUGUUGCCCAUCUCACCAGCUGGCUCGCUGCUGACUUUCUAUGAGAAGUGCGGCGAGGAGCCGCAAUUUUCCAGUGCCGUCACGCGGCACUUCGGGAAAGUUUCAGUGCGGCCAUGCCGCGAUCCUGUGGAUGGACCUCGAGGGGAUGAGUGCCUCGGGUACUUGGCACACAUCGUCUCCAAUUACUGGGACCUAGCGACCUUCACCGUCUUCUUGCAGGCCGACCCUCACGAGCACUUGUACUUCUCGUUCUUGCACGUCGUCACCAAAAUGAUAGCAUCUGCCACAUACGCUGUACCCUUCUUGGCCUUGAAUGGUGCAAGGCACGUCCGCUCCUGGACUCCUUGCCUGAAUGCGGUGCAUGAGGCCAUUUUCGGAGAGAAGAUGCGCGAUGCUGUCGGCCCGUACUGCUGCGCGCAAUUUGUGGUGCAAGACGCGAAGGUGCGAGCUCGGCCGCUGGAGUUCUAUCAGCGGAUGAUCAGGCUUGUCGAUGGCACCUCGCAGAAUGACCUGUGUUUUCCAGGCAAAGUGACACGAUCCACUCACUGCUAUGGCAUGGAGUUCACCUGGCAUCUGGUCUUUGGCGAGGAUUACGAAACCCCGCUUCGCGCGGAUGACCAACGGCUACCGCUGCCACUCCGCCUGAAGUUUGGCAACGAGUUUAUCCGCAGGCAGUGGAAUGAUGUGGUUCUGAACCCUAGCACGCCCAAAAAGAUCGUGGAGGAGGUCAAUUAUGAUCAGAUGACAGUUAGAUGA